CUCAAUUAUCUUGUGGAAAUCGACGAGCAAGGCAAGUUGCGCUGGGCACGGAACCACGAACUCGUGGACACAACCGCAGGGCGCUGGAAAGACGCAGGCGGCGGGGCGGGGAUCGUGCCUGCCGACCCCGCCGACUCCCCCGAGGAUCAGUUCAAGCCGCAGAGGCGGGAGAGCUUCGCCUCUGCUGCGUCCUCCAGCUCGUCGUCCGUGUCCUCGGACUCGAUGCACUACAACGGCCCGCCGAAGGGGAAGAAUCCCGUCAGCAGGGCCGUGCAGAGGAAUCUGACGAUCAAGGGGAUGACCGAUAGGGUAUUGAAGAAGACUCUCAAGAAGAAUACUUGGAUAUAUGUUGCGGUAAGG